AUGAUAGCCGAUCGGAGGGACAGGGAGGAGAAGAUGGGGAUGAUGGACCCGAGGGGCGCCAGGGGAAAGGCCAGUGUGUACUACCGCUACGUGGGCUCCCUCACCACCCCGCCCUGCUCCGAAGGUGUCAUCUGGACCAUCGUCAAGAGGGUACGUCCCGUUUCAUUCAUUCAUUCAUUCACCCUCACCAUGCAUCAAACACAACUACCAACCCCUGAACAAAAAUUCAAACACAACUACCAACUACUCCAACUAUCAGUAAAAUAUAUUUCAUUUCUGGACCAUCACAUGACACACUACUUGCAACUGUAA